AUGCCCGCCGGAUUCAAGCAACCUCAAUCAUCCGAACGCUGCACUGGUCCCGCCAAAAAGCGUGUAAGGGUGUCUCCGUUGGCAGAGUUCGAGGAAUUCUCGCUAGAAAACGUUGUGGCCAACACGAAGACCGGUGCUGUUGCUGCUCACCUACCGAAGACCGUUCUAUUGAAGCUGUUUGAACAAGACGCGACGGUCCAGUAUCUCACCUCCGACCACAAAAGCUGGGUCUAUAUUGUGCCACGAUGGUACUGGCAUAUCUUCGAGCACACCAAUCCUGAGGAGCUUUGUUCAGCAGCUGUAACGAAGUCGUCUGUAACCUGGUCUGCCAUAUUUCAGCCGGCAUGGGAAGCACACCCAAGGGAUCAUGGCACUUUCUUGAUGUUCGGCAGACAAACGAAGCUUCCGCGAUUCCAGCAGGUAUGCGGCAAAAUAGGGAGUUACCGAUACUCUGGCAGGACAUUUGAAGCCCAAAAGACGUAUCCGCGGGAUUGA